AGCAAUGAAGUAUCGGAGUACCAGGGGAGGUAUAAAGGGUGUCAGCCUAGAAGAAGCUAUAUAUACAGGAUUCGCCAGUGAUGGUGGGCUACUGUUACCUGAAACCCUACCAGUCAUAGACAGAUCUCAACUCAAACUAUGGGCCCAACAACCCGACUACCGAUCGUUAGCUUGCAAAAUUGUUCCCUUAUUUGCUGGAGAUGAGCUUUCUCAAGAAGACUUGGAAGGUAUUCUAGACAGAGCCUACAGUUCCAUCUCUGCACCAGAGAAGAUCCCAAUACGGAGACUGUCAAACAAUCUUAUAAUAGCAGAGCUAUUUCAUGGUCGGACCUGGUCGUUUAAAGAUUACGCGAUGUCCGUCAUGGGACAGUUACUGGAACAUUUCUUAUCUCGGGCUAAAAAACAUCGGACAUUGUUGAUAGCUACAUCGGGUGAUACCGGAAGUGCUGCUAUCUCGGCAGUGCAGGGUAUGAAAUGGUCAGAUAUUAUCGUGUUCCUUCCUAAAAAUAGAAUUUCUAAACUCCAAGAGUUACAAAUGACGACUGCUGUUAGUGAUAAUGUCCAUGUUUUUAGAGCUGAUGGUAGCUCAGAUGAUAUGGAUGAUCUAUUUAGUCAUAUCUAUGCCGAUGAAAAGUUUGUGAAACAACACAAUAUCUCGUCGUUAAAUUCAGUCAACUGGGGACGAAUUAUGUUACAAAUUGUUCAUUACUUCUAUAUUUACCUUCAGAUAGAAGAGUCGUGUGAAAAGGAGUUGGAGAUUGUGGUACCCACAGGUGGAUGUGGUAACGUAACAGGUACGUUCAUCACAACUUGA